AUGGAGGGGUGGCUCUUUAUUUUUACCUUCAAUAGGUUAGGGUUAUGUUGCUCACACAAGAGAUACUUCAUCCUCAAAGAAAGUUUUCUUAGAAGCUUCAAAGCCAAGCCUAUGUCCCAGAUGAAGGAGCCAAAUAGAAGUACAAUAAUAGACUCUAACGUUCGGGUUAUAGACAAUGGAAGAGAAACUAUCAAGAAAAAGGUAUUCUUCACCUUCACAAUGCACAGUGCUUUAGAUCAAAGAGAUCAAGUUAAGUUGGGAGCAAGUAGUUCAGAAGAAGCUGCCAAAUGGAUACGUUCAUUGAAGGAUGCUCAAUUGAAGGAGAAUUCAAAUCUGGAAAUGAAUUUUCUUGUUUCUUCCAAGAAAGAACAUUCGUCGUUGAGGUAA